AUGAGGCGCUGGAACACCAUCCCCUUCAUCGUGGUGGUGACAGUCGCACUCAUCCUCUUCAGCGGAUACCAUGGAACCCGCUACACGUACUCGCGACCGUCCAAGGUCAACACCUGGUGGCCGCAACGGGUCGGUCUCUUCCCGGACAGUAAUGACGACCAUCGCGGCAGGUACAAUGUCGGCGACGACGAGCGCCGAGCUGCCGCAAAGUCGCUCUUUGUCCUGGAAAAGGUCCCAACUGGCCUCCGAGCCCAGGGGCAGGAGCACUACAAGCUCUACUCGGAGAGCAAGCUGCGCUGGCUCACUGCUUGCAUGGCCCGUGGCGACUGCCCCGAGAAUGCGGACAAGAUUGUGGUGUUUUCCGUGGUGCACUGCGACUGGGCGUACUUUGGCAAGUACUUCGGUGGCGAGGGCGUAUGGUGUAAGGCAAUGAUCAAUGCACUCGAGGGCAUGGGCUUCACUGUCCUGCAUGCAGGCCCCGCCGACUUGGCCUACGCGGAACAUCUGUAUCGCCAGGUCGGUGACCUCAUCAGAGUCGUCAUUGCCAACCACCAUGACCAGAAGGGUCUUUACACCUACUUUAUCAAGUCGGACUCGAAACCCGACAGCAUUCCGGCCUGGAAGCACUUCCGGUUUACGUACUUUCCUUCCUUGGCAGGAACCAUUGUUGGCCAGCAGUGGGUGGUCUGCGCCGAGCCGCCUUUCCUCCAGUCCGAUUCUGGUAACUUCAACAACUUUACCUACCUCGGAUACUCCUUGGAGCCCCCCGCCAAAGAGAUGAAAUUCAUCCCCUUCAACCAGCGCCCCUACCGGGUAUACGUCUUGGCCAAGCGCUUGCAUUACUUUUACGAGUGGCGGGCACCGGCGACGACCCCCAGAGACCAGUUCGCCCGCGCUGCCAAGGAGCUCGCUGAAGAGUUCCCUGGGUUCGAGUUUGUCGGUGCCGUCCGGGACGACCGCAGUCCACAGGAUAUGGAACAGUCUGUGGGACGCCGAAGUGGCGCAGGCACGUCUACUCAUGGGCAUUGGGUGGCCGACCCUCAGCCCAUCGCCAUACCGCGCGCUUGCAAUGGUGAGCUUGUGGUCAUUCCCCAAGGCUGCCGCAAGAGUAGUAACGCUGAUACCACAAAGGGUGUUCCCUUCCUCAACGCCGUGGAACACAACGAACAAGGUCGCCGGCUGUUCUGUCAACACGAAGUUUUAGAUCUUGAGGCGGAACCUUACGUGUACGCCGCCGAGGCCCACAACUACACACGCCUUGUCGAAGUGAUUCGUAAAGCCAUGACGACUCCCAUUGCGCCGCACCGCUACGACCGCAUGUCACCCACCGCGUUCCAACAACGCAUGUACAACUUUGUCAUAAGAGACUGGAGGACUGAAGCGGCGUACAUUCUCGAGAACCGCAUUGCCGGCACAGAGGUCCAGCGCGGCGAUGCAGAGAGGCAAAAGUUCAGCAUCUUUGCCUUGUAG